UAUUGGUACACAUAAUGAAUGGUGUUGAGUGUUUAUAUCGAAACAAAGCCAUUUUAGACGAGUAGGUGGCUUAAAGAUCACCAAAACAAGUUUUAGUGGAAGCUCUCUGUGAUGAUUUAGAUGCCUUUUUGGAAUAUGAGAGUCAAAUCACUGGCCUAUACAUAAGAAAUUAAAAUCAAGUUAUAGGCAAGAAAUAAUACUCGUUUCUGAUUCCAGAAGGCGUGACAUUGUUGCAAUUUAUCUAAUAGAAUGGGAAAUUAUCAUCUAAUCAAAUCUCAUAGAUUUACGAAUAAUUAUUGCAGGCCUUAUAUCAAAUUCAUUCCAAAUUCAGUCUAGGAAGAUGCUUUCACGUUGGUAAUAUUUAUUAUCAUAAAAAUUCAAUUAAAAUGGCUGCCUUUGGAUUUUAUCCUAAUUUAUAGCUAAUCCCCCCCGAAUCCUUAGAAAAGAGAGAAUAAAGUCAGAAUAGAGUUUAUAGUUAGAGUAUAGAUGUUUGGUUGAUUGGUUGUAUUAUUUAUUAGUUGUUUACUGGCAAAAUUUUGAAUAACUUUGAGACAAUUAAAGAAUAUCAGUCAUUUUAUAAUUAGAUAUAAUCAUUACAAAUUGAAAAUGUUUGGAAAAAUCGUUUAAUUGAAAUGCUUCAUCCAAAAGAAGCUUUGAGGUGUACAUUCUUCUCAAUGCAUCAUGAAAGGUCAGAUAACAAUUAAGAGGGAAUCCAAGAAUUUUACAAAAGUAUUUUUUUAUCCUAGAAUUACUCGUCAUUUAUAAAAAUGAGAGAAUACAUUGAUGAUAAUUUUAUAGAAUGGGCUGUGGUACAUAUAAUCUUUUUCAAUAUUCUAGCCUAAAGAAUUCACUAAAUAAAUGCAAUUGCCAAAAGUAUUGAAUCCUUUUAGUCAUAAAAUUCGACGUCCCAACCUUAAUCCUCGAAAGGAAGAAAACCUCAAUCCUUAUCCAAGAAUAGGCAUUGCAGUUUAUUACUCUUAACCUAUACAUCCUUCUCCACCAGAAAUAGAUUCAUCCCUUAACUCCCCUAUUCUAUCAAAUAUUAACAGUCCUAGUCAAAUAAAUGAAUAUCCUGAUCUAGCUACUUUGCCUUAUAAAUGCAGAAAUCAAACAGUAAAUUAUAAGAUAUUUUUUUCAGGAAUUUAUUUAAUAUAAAGAUAUAUGGAUUGAAUUACAUUUUGAAUCCUAUAAAUGGUAUUUGAUGAAUUCUUUAAGAGUGCAAUUAGAAGAAUAACGAGAUAAAAGUCCUGUUGAAACUUGGUCAGUCUAUUGCUUACUAAAAAUGUCCAUACUCAUGAGAAAAGAGUUUAUCGAUCAAUGGAGUACGAAGAGUUUGAAUUGUGAGUAGGAGAUAUGGUAGAAUUUUAUAACUAGUGGAUAAGCAAGAAACUUUAUAAAGGAUCUAAGAUUAUAAGUUGAUGGAGACAACGCCAUUAUAAAUCAAUAUUUUGGGUAUUGUUAAUUAGAUUGUCUAAGUAGAGAGGAUGAACAUUUCUUUAAUUAAAUUAAAUCGUCCAUUACAGAAGUAAAUUGAAAAUUAUUAAUUAGUCCAUUUUAAAUGAAACAUCGAAUGAUUAUAAAGUACCAUAUAGAAUGACUUUGAAAAACCUUUAUCGUUCAAAAAAAAGGACUUCCAUUAGCGAUGUCGAACAAACUUUGCUAGCUUUGAAAAUAAUUAUCUGCAUGGGAAUUUCAUCCCUCUUUAUGCCUCUUAAGAGGGAAGUAUUGUUUAGAUAGGUCAAAAGAGCUUUAAAUAUCCCCAAUUUUGACAGCCCUUAUUACUUGGAAUAAAAAUUCUUUUCCUUUGAUAGCAAUAUUUUGAAUGAACAAAUUAGGAUUAUUGAAACAGAAUAUUUCAAAUAAUGAAAUUAAUUAAAGUAUUAAAGC